UCUGACAAUCCUUGUUCACCCCCUCAUUUUCCUCUCUGCUCACCGCUUCAGGCACUCGAGUCCGCGUUCGGUAUUACAAGAUAGACACGCUUAUCAGAUUUCGACUAGUAGGGGUGUCCACCUGGAUACUAAUCCCCAUAGACAUGUCUGUUACCAUUAUACCAUCAAAGCCAGUGCUCACUGAGUUAUCGGGGACUUUUAGAUUCAUAGACAUCGGAGUGAAUCUCACAGAUGCUGUAUUUCAUGGCAUUCAUCAUGGCAAAAAAAAACACGAAGACGAUUUCGAAGCAGUGCUAGACAGGUCGCGGCUAGCUGGUGUUCAAUCCAUGAUAAUCACAGGUGGAAGCCUUGAAGAAUCAAAAACUGCGCUGUCUCUUGCUGCCCAACAUGGGUUUUUCGCGACAGUAGGAUGUCAUCCAACGCGCUCAAAAGAAUUUGACGAGUACCCAGGCGGUCCGGAGGCCUACCUUCAGGCACUGGACAGCCUAAUAAGUGCCAAUCUCCACGGUAAAGGUCGAGUUGUUGCCAUUGGCGAGUGUGGCUUGGAUUACGAUCGCACGCACUUCGCACCGGAAGACGUACAGCGACGUCACUUUCGCUCACAGCUAUCUCUUGCCAAAAAGUACAAGUUACCACUGUUCCUUCACUCUCGUGCAGCCCACGAAGACUUGGUGAAUAUCCUUCGUGACGAAGGUUUCGGAGAGGAUGGUGAGAGAAAGGGAGUCGUUCACAGCUUCACAGGGUCGGUUGAAGAGGUCAUCGAGCUCAUGGAUAUGGGCUUCCAUAUAAGUGUCAAUGGGUGCUCCCUCAAAACAGAGAAAAACCUGCUAGCUGCACAGGCAAUUCGACCAGACAAGCUUUUACUCGAGACAGAUGCUCCUUGGUGCUCCAUGACCUCGACACAUGCGUCAAAUACCCUGCUAGAGACGCUUCCGACAUCAUUGAAGUCAAAGUAUUUCCCUUCCGGCACUAAAUUGCCAUCGUUCGUGAUGGGAAAGCCAGUGAAAGGGAGAAACGAGCCCAGUGCGAUUGGAGGCGUUGCAUGGGUCAUGCACAGGCUCGAUGAAGGGGUCCCGUUUGAGGAGGUGACAGAAAAGGUGUACAAGAAUACUAUUGAGCUAUUUGGCCUAGAUGAGCUUCAGGUCGCAUAAGUCAGAGACAAAAUUACACACAUUACAAAUUUUGGUUCCGCACACGCAUUUGGUACUGCUCUUCAAACUGUAACACAGCGUACCAAUAUGGAGCCUCAGCUGGAGCCCGACCAGAGUCCCUCGUUAAUUCCUUUUAUCUUCGCUAUCAUCGGGCUCGUGUGGUAUGUGAUUUUAUGGAGUAUUGGCCUCCUGGGAUGCAGAACAGGGUGACCGAAGAAGGUACCGCAGUCGACCGCGGUCUCCACUUGCAACGGCGCCGCCAGAUUCUGCUCCUGG